CAACCAGAGCUUCCCUGAAUAACACAGAAGACUGUAUUUGUAAACAAGUCACAUUAUUGCAGUGUCAGAAUUUGGACAAUGUUGCUUAUUUAUUGAGAUUAGAAAUCUAUUUUACAAAGAAGGUCUGGUCAAGGUAGCAGCCAUGCAAAAACAAAAUGAUAUAAUAAAAAGGAUACCUGUGUUUAUUUGUUACAAACCAUUUCUGAAAAUCAAGUCUAAAUGAUGCUGCCAUUCAUGUAGACUACACUGAAUAUGAAUAUGUACUGUAGUUUGUACUUUGCAAAUAAUUCAAUAAAUAAUAAAUAAAAUUCAGUAAAAUUAAAAUGAAUAAAUAAUAAAUGCCAUAUUGUUAUGUGUAAGAAAACAUAAUGAAGAAGAAGAAGAGAGAAUCCGUGGGAGAAAGUGGGUCUCCCUGUUUAUCUCUCAGUCUUAUAGUUUCCAGGCUGUCAAUGUCAGACCACAUCAAAGUAAGUCACAUGAUCAGAAGAGGAACUACCAAACACUCUACCCCGUCACCACCCACGGGCUCAUAUACAGUAUAUAUAUAUAAACCUCAUCGGCCCAACUCAGAAAAUCACAUCAAGCACAUCACGCAAAGAGAAAGAGUUUUCAGGAAGUGGAGAGAAAACACAUGUUAGUGAAAGAGAUUACCGAGACAUCUGUGGAUUUAUUUGAAAAGCAGAAUGAUGUCGUUGGUGUGUUUCACCUUUGUUUUCAUGACUUUUCUAAUGACAGGAGCUCAUUGUGAUGAAACAGAGGUGUUUGCUGAAGCAGGCGCUCCAGCUGAACUCCUGUGUAAAUCUACAGACAAUACUCCUUCUACCAUCAUUUGGACUAAAGUUAACAAAGGCACAGUUUGGAGAAAGCUAAAGAGUGGCCUGCAGUACUGGGGUUCUAGUUGGACACAGAAAGGGAUCCAACGUGUCCAAUGCCCUCACCCCCAGUUUGAAAGAGGCGACUACAGCCUGCUGAUUAACAAUGUGCGGCAGGAUGAUGGAGGACUUUACUCCUGCAGCGUGGAGGCUGGAGGACGGGUCACUAAAAACCUGGUCAUGCUCAGAAUCAUCACAGUGUCCAUCUCUCCAUCCGAGCCCAUACUGGGCAGGGACGUUUCAGUCACCUGUGAUGUGACUCCAUGGCCUUAUGGAGCCUCUGUGCGGUGGAUGUUGAACGACAGUCCAGUUUCGUCGGAGACCGCGGUCGCCUCAGACGGGGUCAGCUCUAACAGCAUUGUGAGGAAAAAGUUGGCCACGAGGCUGUCAGGAAACUGGACGUGUGUGGUGAGCUACAAGGGCAAAGAGGGGCGAGCUUCAGCAAACCUGACAGUGAGAGGAAUCAUCCAACCACCCACUGACAACACUAAGGUGUAUGCUGCUGUGGGCUCUUCAGUCACACUCCCAUGCAUCUUCUCCCCGGGCCUGAUUCCCUCCUCACCAGCGUGGGAGAAACUGCAGCCUGGGUCUCUUUUUAAACCGUCUCCCAGUCUCCCGCUGCCCUCCUUUUCUCCAUCCUCACCCUCCUCUCAGAAUCCUUGGGAUAAGUCUACCACUUUGAAUGAGGUUGGUUUAAAGGAUGUGGGCAAGUACAGAUGCUCUGGGACCAUACAAGGACAAAAGCUGACUCGGGACAUGCAACUGGUCAUCGCUAAAAUUGAAAGCAGUGUUCCAUCAAAGAGAAAAGGUUACGUGACCGUGACCUGCCAGCUGUCCGACGACAAGGACGUCACCAACUAUGAAUGGGUUCAUGUGAGCUAUGAUGUCAACGGCACACAGUCUUUUGAGUCCAUUCAGACGGGGAAGACGCUGAGUAUCAGCCCGGUGUCAGAGGAGAACAGGGGCGCAUGGGUAUGUCGCUUCUCAGGCAAAGAAGGCAUUCUGGGAAACAUAACCUACCAUGUUCAAACGAUGAGUGGUUUGAGUGGACAGGAAUCCACAGGUUUUUCACACAACACCACUGCUCUGGUCGGACUCAGUUUGCUCCUACUUUUUCUGCUGCUGGUUGUGGCUCAAAUGUACAAGAACCACCAAAGGAGGAAAAGAGUGUUUGCAUACCCAGCCCUGGAAACAAUUGUUCACACCAUCGCCAAUGAGCGUGAGGAGAGAGAAAGAAACCAAGUGAAACAGUAAAAAUCCAUUAAAGACAAAAAAUAGUCCUUAAGUUAAGUCUGUCUUCUUCAUACAAAUUGGGAAGCUUUUGUUUGCACAGUUUUUUUCCCCCAAUACAUUAUUAUUGUAUAAUAAAAAAUGAAAUGUUGUAUGUUCAGUAUAUCGUGCUGUUUCAGCUGUAAAUGUUUUAAUUGCUCUGUGCAAGGAUUGUAUUUUGCAUGUAUAUACAUUGUGACAACAGACUGCUUUGUACAUAAAGUGCAUUUUAACAGAAAAAUAAAUCUGUUUUUUUUAUUUGUUACAUUAUAUAAAAUCAGAUUGUUAUUGAUAUAAAUUAAUUAUAUAAAAAUAUGUUACACAAAUUUGUAUCUGUAUGUACUGUAGGUAAAAAUAAAAUAAACACAUUAUUAUACAUUAACUACAGGUUCGUACAAUGAUCAUACCUUCUGUAAAGGCAUGUGUCGACGAAAAGUGUACUGAGCUGCAACUCCCAGACUAAAACUAUUUACUCCAUUUUCAAGAUAAGCCAAAAAAUGUGGUGUGUUGCAUUCCGUGAUCUCAGAUUGUGGCUGUGCAGUACAGUUCAGCAGCAGAACUACACCUGACUACACUCGCCCUCUUCAUGCUCUGAAAAGUGGCGAAAAUCAAAAAAGGACAAAGAACGGGUGAUGUCCUCCAGAAGUCCUUCAUCUCUAGGUUGUAAAUGGUCCAUGACUUCUUCAUCAUCAAAGCACCAGCCUGGCCAGUCCACAUUUACACCUUCUGAAAAGGCAACACUGAAAGAGAGAGAAAGAAACCAUAACUAUUUAACAUUUCCCGGGCCUGUAUGGUCUCUGCCACACGAUGGAUAGUACAUUUAAAUUUACAUUUUAUCAUAACUGUAGGGACGGAGUUAAUGAGGAGUUUCCAUCAUGCCAAAAAUAUAAAAUGACUUAAUCAUUUACUCGCAUUACUAUAAUUGAGUAGGUUUUUUGUAUACUUGUAUACUUUUUUUAAAUUUGUAAUUUUACCUUUACUUGUUAUAAUUAUAUUUUA